AUGUCAUCUGAAUAUUCUCGAACGGUUGCUGUCACCUGUGAGAGAUGUCAAUCCAAAAUGCAACUAAUAUCGGAAAUGUUACUUUUAACUUGUGAUCCAAGACCAGUCAACACUGAAGAAAUGCUUCAGCUAGAUGGAUCUUAUGUAGCAUUCAAGAAGGAAGUAUCACUUCGUUUGAAAGAUCUGUCCAAAACCAUACAAUCAAUAGCAUCUCAAGUUCAAACAGUGUCUGUGGUAUGGGCAGAUAUGUCAGUUGAAAUUCAAAACUUAUCUGAUUGUGCCAUCUUGAUCAUGGAAUGUUGUUGUUCGGCAGCAUAUUUUAUUGCUGUAAAUUUUCAAGGUAGUGUGAAAGCUACUCCAGGGAUCAUUGAUAAGUAUCAGCUCAGUAGAGCAGGAAUCGAGUUGAAACUGAGCUGUACACGACUGAAACGAUCCAGAUCAGAGGAUAUUACAUCACAAGUUUUAGUUGACGUUUGUUCUUCCAUAUCCAAAGCUCUUUCUGUUAUGACAGAUUGCUGUAAAAAUGCUAGUGAAAAUGCCAAAGAUUCAAGUGAUCAAGACUUGUUCAAACUCAGUUUAAAGAGUGUGACAUCUAGUGCUAGUUGUCUGUUAGCCAGUGUGAAAAGUUUCCAAAACAAUUCCUCUCCUAAUCAUUUAAAUAGAGUUAUAUCUUUUUGCGACCCUGUGAUAACAGCUAGUCAUGCAUUAGUUGCUUUUGCAACUGAAGAAGAAUUUUUUGGUAUUCCUGCAGAACUUACCUCAGAUGCAAGAGAAUCUCAGAAAUGUGUCUUAGGUGCUUGUAUGAGUAUUGUAUCAGGCAGUAUACAAAUGAGUAAGUCAAUUCGAGACCUUGCCUUUGAUAUGAUUAACACCAAGCACAGAGAAAGAGUUGCUUUAUGUACAGAUUCCAUUGAAAGAUCUUCAGUCCAGUUAUUAGAUCUACUUGAUAAAUAUGAUUAUUCUGAGAAUAAUUCCAUAGCCUCUAAUCAUACUACCCCAUCCACUCCGAGUCCAUCUUCCACUAUGCCUACCAGUUAA